AUGAGCCCAAAGAGGACCUUCACAUGGACUGUUGAUCACGACCAGGCCUUCAGCAACGUAAAGAAAGCCCUAUCCAGUCCCCCAGUCCUCGCUACGUUCGACCCGGCCCUACCCACCGUCCUGCAGAUAGACGCCUCUCGCCUCUUCGGGGUGGGAUACAUCCUCCUGCAAGAUCACGGCGGUGGAAAGUUCCGGCUCGUGCAGUGUGGUUCGCGCUUCCUCACAGACGCCGAGACGCGCUAUGCCACCAUCGAGCUUGAACUAGUGGCUGUGAGGCUGAAGGAGAUCUCAGCGUUUGUCUUCACUGCAGUAUGGCGUGCCGGGAAGGACCUCUGCAUCCCUGAUGCCCUUUCCCAUGCCCCAGUAAGCUAUCCAACUCCAGAAGACAGCCUGCUAGACACCGAGACCCACCAAUCCAUAAGACGACUGGUCACGCAACCUGCCACGGACUCCCUUGCUAAUCCUCACCAGAAUGACGACAUGGUCCUGGAAGAGCUACAGACAGCAGCGCGUGCCGACCCCUCCUACGUACAGCUCGUGGAAAAUGUGAAGAAGGGAUUCCCCAACGACCGCUACACUCUUCACAAUGCACUACGCCCGUACUGGAAAAUACGAGACGAACUCUAUUGCGAUGGAGAUAUUGUCCUGCACGGUGCACGGGUGGUUGUCCCUGCUGUUCUACGACGACGCACCCUGGCCCGCCUACAUGACAGCCAUCGUGGGGCAGAGGCCACGAAGCGUCGGGCACGACAGGCUGUCUACUGGCCUGGGAUCGACGCUGACAUCGUCAACACGACACGACAUCUACUGCCACCAUACGUCACUUCCGGCACCUCUUCAGAGACCUGGGAGUACCAGUACGCCUCCGCACGGAUGGAGGACCCCAGUUCACCAGUCGAGAGCUCGCCGUCUUCUUAG